ACCGUGCGGAUGCUUUUCCGCUGCCUGGAGGUGAAAGAUUUUCCAUUUCUCGAACGAAGUACGCGUUUGCGUCGCUGCUCAACAUCGCGCCGAAGAGCGAACGGGUGUGUGAGAAAGAGAGCGCGAGCGUAAAAUACGAAAAAUCGACGACUACCGGGACGACGUGAUUGUUUAUUCAAAGUUUCGCGCCAAAACAGCAUCCUUCGACCAAAGAGAAGGGAUACGACAGCGCAGUGUGCAUGAUUUUCCCGGUGCGUAAAGUUUCUGGGUGAAGAAAGUGUUCUCGUGGGGAGAAGCUGUGAUUGCACAUUCCAUUGCACGUACACCAGAUUCGGUGGCAGUCCUUUUAUUUGUGUUUGUUUGUGGAACAAAGUGUCCUCUCGAAGGAAGGACGACACGUUCAAAGCUGAAUACCGGUAGAGUUUGUGCGUGAAAGAAGAAAAAAUAUAAAAAAAUACCUUUAGCGCCGAUAAAGAAGAUAAAAGUGUUUUGAAAGUAUCUUCGUGUCUGUGGUAAAACCGGGUGCCGAUAAGAGAGGUCAAAGAUUAACGCAGGCGAGGUUGUUGGUGUAUUCGUUUUUUGCGCGAAACCGAGCGCACUAUCGUUACUUUCAUCAACCAACACGUUCGCAGUGGUCGUUUGAUCGAAACAUAAAAGGAUCCGCAGGGAGACGAGUGUACUGGCCCUUGGAUUCCAGUGGCUGCUUUGGUCUGGUGGUUUGUGCGGUUUUUCCUGCUUUUUUGUUUGAAAGUCUUCAAAAAGUGCGAAAAUGAUCGAAAACUUUGAGUCCAAGAUAACCUUCGAAAUACCGACGAAUCUGGACUUUGACAAGCUGAUCCGCGGCAACAACUACACACUGUUCUGGCAGAACCUGCACCAGCAGCAGCAACAGCAGCAGAGUAUGGGUGCCGGUGCCGCCCGGAUCGGCAGUGGAGCCCUCGGGAUGGCAGGUGCGGCAGCGGCUGCGGCCGUCGAUGGUGGAUUCGGCGGAUUCGGUGGCUCGUCGGCGUCUUCCAGCCUGUUCGGUGGCAUCGACUACAGCAACGGAAGCAGCGACUACAGCCUCCUGAACAGCCUGCAGUCGUUUGCGAACCGGGGCCGCGAUGGCGGCAUGGGUGGCUCGGAUCAGAUGCUCGAUCCGACGUACGAGCGGUUCAUCGGGGACGUGUGGGUCGGCAUCGUGCUGACGCUGAUGAUUCUCUCGUCGAUCUUCUGCAUGUGUUCGUGUUUCCUGUACCACAAGUUUCGCCAGUGGCAACGAAAUGUGCUGACGGCCCGCUCACAGACGCUCUCCUCGAUGGACAUCGAAACGCCACCACCGUACGACGUGGAGUCACUGCCCAGCUACACGAUCGUGUCGGGCCUGCCGAGCUACCAGGACGCGAUCGAGCAGCUGAAGCAGAAGCGGCUGAAGUACUACGAGCCCGUCCGGGUGCAUCGGCCGAGCGUGAUGAAGCUGUUCGAGUCGCAGGACCUGCUGGCGAACGGUCCGGCGGUCGUUUCCGCCUCACCGAACCCCGCGCACAAGCUCGAGGAGAUCCGGUACACCUUUGCCCGCCCACUGUCCGUGAACGAGAUGCCCAUCGCGGUCGAAGGUACGAGCCAGCUUGACACCACCACGGGGGAGACCGUCGUGCCACCGCCAGCGACAUCGGUGCCAUCGUCGACUACAACCCCGCCACCACCGCCACCGUACAAGAGUCAGAUUUCAACGAUUUCCACCACAUCGAGCACGGCCGGCAGCACGGUGGUUCACGCGCCAUGCUGUGGCGUCGCCGGUUCCGAGCUGUCCGGAGCGAUCCGCGGGCCGCAGAAGAAGAUCGGCGUGUGUCACUACACGGUGGAGAACGAGCGGGCGGCGGGGCGCAGUUGAAGACCGACCGCGCUCCAGUUCGCCAUCGUCGUCGACCCGUGGCUGGAGGACGGCCGGGUACGACGCCAUCGCCCGGUACAAUAACUGAACAACGUGAAUGCUACCGAACAAAGCUCGACGAUUACAAAUCACUGACUGUGUUAUUAACGAUUAAUUUAUUAGGAUAGCGUACUAUUUAGCUCGUUCCACGUCGCGUCGUGGGGUAGCGAAGGCACAUUGAAGUGGGGGACAGGAUUUAGAUCACAUAAUAUUCACACGCACCUGAGACUGGAGGCGCCAACGGGCGAGCUGCCGGAUCGGGGUUAGUUCGACCGUCACCGUGCUAGGGACGUUUAACCGAGUGAGUUUUUCCCAAGGAUAGCCCGGCAUGUGUGGCAGGAGAGUCCUUUCCCGCAAAAGACAGCCAAACGCUUCACAACCCGAGCAAUGGACGAGCACGAACGGAAAUAGAUACAAAGCGACUAUAAAGUUAAGACACGCGUGCGUGUGUGCACAUUAGCUGUUUAAGGGUUCUAGUCGGGUUUACGUGCGAUUUUACCUUUUCCGUUUCUCCCACGCCCUUGCUCCAGCCGACGUGUCCCACUAGGCCGAUCCCAUGAGGGUUUUGUGUGUGUGCACUUGGAAGGACGUACAGUGCUUCGUACAGUGUGUUUUUGGUGUUGCUGCAAGUGACUUCUCUUCUGCCUCACCGCAAGACAAGUGGACGAAGCCGUACGGACAGUUUCACUUGUUCAACAUAACACUCUCCUGUUGUGGGUGUUUCUGGGAACGGACUGGCCCAGGGGACGGGGAGAUAGAAAGAUAGAUUGUUUAUAGAGCGAUUUACUUAUACCAGACUACCAGCAGAUAGAUGAUCGCGCGAGGAAUGUUAAAUUACUUGAGAGAUUAGGUUUUAAAGCGAGAGAAAUUAACGAACGAUGAAAAUUCCGGAUAAACUUUAGCCCAUUAUUAGACCAUUAUACAUACGAGUUCGAACAUAUAUUUACAAGAACAAAACGUGAAGAUUGUUUCUUAUUCCAAGUUCGCACUGGUUUUGUCUCGCUCUCGUAGAUGCGUUCGUAGGCAUGAGCAGAACGAAAAAAAAAAAUUGUGUAACGAAAUCCGGUGAUCGAUGGUAG